GCUAAGAACUGUGCUGAGCUUUACAACUCUGAUCAAAGAAUCAGCGGUGUUUAUACAAUCUAUCCUGAUGACGAAGCUCCCUUUGAUGUAUAUUGCGACCAGACAACAGCUGGUGGAGGCUGGACAGUGAUCCAAAAGAGACUGAAUGGCUACGUUGAUUUUAACCGCACUUGGGAUGACUACAAAUAUGGCUUCGGUAAUUUCCUCAUAGGUGAAUAUUGGCUUGGAUUGGAAAAGAUCCGCCGCUUGACUGAAAAUAAGACAGACAACAGGCUUCGAGUAGUUCUUGGGGUAAACGAUACGAAGCUACUAGUUCCUACAAACACUUUGUACGCUGAAUAUGCGUGGCUUAAAAUUGGAGACGAGGGAGCGAAAUACCAGCUGCACCUUGGAAAUAUUAUAAGUAAGCCCAAGGCAAUUAACGUUAACAGCAGCUUCACUUUUAUCAUAUAAUUAUACGUCGCUAGCUUUAUAGGUCUCUAUCCACAUCUCGACCCAUUCAGUCUCUUCCAAUCCUGUUAUUUACUUGCAAUUCAUGUUUGCCAAACGACUCGGUUCACAGCGUGUCCAGUCUAAGUCAUGUAGAGCCCUCUCACACUGAUAAAGUGGCUCGCCUUUUUGUGACUCAGUGGCAGUGUUUCAAGACCACACUAGGUUAAGUUUCAAAUUGGUUUUGUAUUGUUUUGUUUUUUGAACCUUAAGAUGGUCGAGAUGAUAACAUAUUUUUCCUAUCUUUCCGCUCCGCCACAGAGUAGUAUCUUACGGGCUUAUAUUGAUAUCAAUGCAUAUUUUCUCCAUUUCCCCUUCAUUUUAGAUAAAACUGUUGUUGAAGAUUCUCUCAGUUAUCAUCGUGGCUUCGAGUUUGGUACAUUUGAUAAAGAUUUGCUUAAAUGUGCGUCAGAACAUGGAGGAGGCUGGUGGUACGCUCCUAAAUAUGGUAAAUGCGUUGUUGACUCAAAUCUCAACGCUGUUUAUAAGAUCUCUUGGGGAAUGCUAGAUCCCGCCAAUGCUAAAGGAAGUGAUCCUAAGACAACUGAAAUGAAGAUCAGACCUAUGAACUUUUCUUCAAAUACAUUUACUCAUUAGCUUGUUUAGAAAAAUGUAAUUGGGAGGACCGGUGAGUAUGGUACAAUACGCGUAGUAAAUUAAAGCAAGCAUUCAUAUAACCAUUUGGUGAUGUACAACCAAGUAUUAAAAUGCUUGUUUCAAAUGCUUGAUUAUUUGUCUUUCGUUCCCACGAUUUAAGAUGAAUAAAUUACAGUAUCAGAUGGUGAACGAUUUGCUCUUCUAAGUUAGAAUAACGAACCUCAUCUUUGAGGCUAUUCAGAUGUAAAUAAGUAAAUUUUCAAUGAAAUAAAACGGCUUUUUAAAAAUAUUGGCCAUGGUGAGAAGACUAACUUAAUUGUUCAUCUUUCAGAAAUAAAGUUUAAAUUACUUAAACCAGGAGCGAAGCUAUUGGAAUCUUUGUUUACUUCAAUUCCUCAGUGGAAUGUUAGUCUCCUUUAUCUAUUUAACAUUUACGAGAGAAACUUAUCCAUCCAAAAGCUUGGAUCAAAAACAUGGCCCGGUCUUUGAUAUAUUCCGUAUUAAAGACUACGCUUGAUCGCCUGACCUUGAAAUCAAUUGACAAUUGCUCCAGUUAGACAGAAUCAAUGAGGUGUGACGAAAUUGGCACUAAAUAUAGCCCUUAGGAAAAAACGAAAAUAUUCCCAGCCAAUCUAUCCCUGUUUUGUGGCCAUUAGGAUACUUAUGUUUUUAUUGAAAGUGUUUUUCUAUUAAGAAUUCUUUCACGAGGCCGAGGCUACAGCAAGUGUUCUCAUCAAUUCAAAUCAUAAUGCAUCCAUAAUUAAAGGUGCAAACAAAGUUUGGUUAUGUGGUUAUUUGGUUAUUAUUCUUCGGUCGAUAAUCACUUUGUCGUUCCCGGCUGACGUUCAUUAAAUCAGUGCUCUAAGAAGAUUUAAUAGCUAUGCCGCUUUCGGUAAAUUGGAUGCACAAAACAGCUAACAGAUGGUCCGUGUCUAGGGUGUCUUAUAAAUAUAUUUUUUUUAAAUCAAGUACAAACGUCAUUUGUAGUCCCUGACCAUUUUGAACUUCCUUAUAAUUUUUCCGUUCACUUAAAUGGCUCAAAAACGAACACUAUGAAUUAAUAGAUAUAAAGAAGAAGCGAUAUAGGAUGUUUAUGCUUAAUGAUUGGCCGUUUUCAUACAUCCUUUUAAUUCAAAUGUGUUUCUGCUCUCUGAACGCAACUUUUGGGAGGUCAAACUUGUAAGGUCACUUGAUUUGCGGGGUUUGAUGUCUGAUUAUCUAUUUACGUUAUGCAGCAGCUCACUGACUUAAAGCCAAGGUUUUUCUAGUCUAGACUUCAGAUAAAUCUUCGAAACAACCCCCUUACUAUCACACGUUUGAGGAACAAUUUUUUAUUUGAACUUCGUUGAAAUGAAAAAGUUUCUGUAAAAAGUUUCACAUGUUGAUUUCGAUAUCUUGCUGAGACAGAUAUAUAGUUUCAGGUCACGGCAGGGGAUAAUGAUAAUACCUUAUUUUUUCCCCCGAGGAAGACAUGAUUUUGGAGUGCAGACGCCGACCCAUAUUUUAGUAUAUCGUAGAUAAUUCCUUAUAAGGCCGUUCGGCACUCCAUUAAUACAAAACAACAGCGAGAAUUUUAGUCACGUUUAUGAUUGACUUUUGAAAUUUCGCUUUAUUAUGGCAAUCAAAUACAGGAAAAACAAACGUUGUUAAACAAACUAAACAUUAUACUUCUUAAUCUAUAUGAGGGAACCAGUUUACUGGUUUACUAAGUUUACUUUUUAUUCCUCUCAAUGAUGAGGUUGCGCAAUUUCAAUUGGCAACUGAAACCUUAAACUCCUUUAAAGGAGUGAAAUGCGUCAUCAAAAGCACGCUACACUUAUAUUAACCGGAUAAAGAAUGAAAAAGACAAAGUUCUACAAAGCUGCCCUAUUUGGAUCGUUUUAUUUGUUUUAUUUUUGCAGAACAAUGUAAACUCACUGUUAAUGACGAACAAACCGCUAAUCAUGAUGUUAACAGAAUUCCAAUUAGGCCCUUAGGUUAAUUAAUGUUAUGUGUAGCCAACCAUGAAAGUGUGAUGUCAAGUGAAUAUAUAUAUAUAUACUUGAGUGGUGACAUUAAGAUAAUUUGCGAGGUUCUUGACGUUAUUAUGCAUGGAUUGUUUAGAAAUCAAUCGCUAAUCGAUGUCAGUCUUAAAUAAGCUGUGUACUAAUAACUCAAAGUUUUCAACGGCUUGAAUUUCAUAAAAAGACUUAAUAAUGAAAUACAUACAUACAUACAUACAGGAUUGUUCGAGUCACGCUGACUCUUAGCUGAUGUGCUUCGAAGAUCAUGACUGCACAUCUUUUGAAGAUGACAAAUCACCUGAGGGCUCUCAGUAUAAUGACUCAUGCUUUCAUUUUAUAAUUAUGAGUGAGAUUGCAGUAAAUUAUAAUUCUCACAUUGAAUCGCAUGUGAUCUUUCCAAAAAAAAAAAAAAGGGGCCAAAAUUCAACAAUUCUAUAAACUGUUAUCUAUUUUAUGCAACCAUAGCCUGAUUUUGAUGGAAUAUUCGAUUCCUUAAUGAUCUCAUACAGUUUAAUGUGAUUUAAAUCAAUCUUAAAGUUCACCUGUAUUUAUCAUAUCCAGAAAAUAAACUGUGUAAGUUAGUUUCCGCCGCAUUCACUGACUUGGUUUCCAUGAACAUUGACCUGAAGCACUUAAAUCGUUUAAAUUCUUAACUCGUUUCAUCACAGGUGUCCCAAGCUCAUGAUUAAAGGAAAAGCAAACGAUGAAUUAAUGAAAGCGUGAUGCGUUAUGCGACUUGGUGUUAAGUUACUAAAGGAGCCCUUUAGGAUUUUAAUACGUUAUAAGGAAUAGUAUGAGGAACUUCCGUUUUAUAACACGAAUAACAGCGAUGGCAAAACAAGCUUAAAACGGCAGAGAACGCCGGAAACCACAACGGACACACAAGAUGUGAGUAAGUUCUAAUGAUUUUACUAAAAUUUCGAAAUAUUUAUCGACCAUAUUUCGUUUCCCAUACUAUUCCUUAUAACAUGUUCAAAUUCUGAUCGGUUCCUCUCGUAACUUAACAUCAAGUCACACACGUGACGCCAUCAAAAAUUAAUCAUUUGCUUAUUUUCGAAACGUGAGCUUGGCACGCAUGUUUUAAAUAUUUUUGUAAGAAGGGUUGCUGCGGGGGCUGUUUGAUUUCCGUCAACUCGUAAGAAUGCGCCAGAAACAUAAUGACGGCACACCUACAGAAUUCAAUUUAUGUAAGGAAUUUUAGCGUUAUAUUUUAGACUUAUGGAUCAUUUAUGAAUGAGAUUGGUAAAAAAAAUUACUUCUCAUGACCUUUUUGAUAAGAAGGUCAACAAUUCUUUAAACUGUAUUACUGUUUUAAACAGUCACCGUGUGAUUUUGAUGGAACAAUUAAUUCCAUUUAUUGAGUGGUGAGGUUUCGCCUUAGAAUUUCGCUUGCUAAUAAGCUUUUUUAAAGGAGCUUAUUUCACUGAAAGAGGACUUUACUUUGAUUUUGAUGUUUGAACGAGCAAAGAAGGAGACAUCUUCAAAGAAAAAAAAAUCAGCAGACUUCACACUUACUACGACUCAAAAUAUUUUGUUAAUAUUCUUAUAUUAAUUGAUUGAGGGUUUCAGUUGUGGUAUAUUUUCAAACAUCUUCAAAAAGAAGAAAAAUCUUUGCAUCAUGCCUGUUUCACAAAGUUCUACUUUGCUGCUCAGUGUGACACUAUUAUUCGCGAUUCAGUAGUUAUCUUCAGUUGUUGGAUUUGAGAAAUGAAAUUGGGAAUCCAUUCUCUGUUAUAUUGUGAUAGCCACUGUAUUGUUUCUUUUACUUAGUUUCAUAUCACUUGUUUUUUUUCACUUUUUCCCCUAUUUUUAGCUCUUUACUUGAUACUCUAAUAGAUGACCAAACUAUUUUCUUGUCAUCUUUAAAAGCUAAGAACUGUACUAAGCUUUACAACUCCUAUCAAAGAAUCAGCGGUGUUUAUACUAUCUAUCCUGAUGACACACCUCCCUUUAAUGUAUAUUGCGACCAGACAAUAGCUGGUGAAGGAUGGACAGUGAUCCAAAAGAGACUGAAAGGCUCCGUUAAUUUUAACCACACCUGGGAUGACUACAAACAUGGAUUA